UUUGUGUGACUGACCCAACGAGCUCCAAGUGUCCAGUUUCUGAAAAGAAGAAAACCCUUUUGUCUUCAGCAGAUCAGUAGAAUUAUUUUGGAAGCGAGGAGAGUAUCAAGUGAUCUGGCCUACUGAAGAGGAGACUGAAGCCAUCUCUGAGUGGAGAUUUUGGACUUGCGGGAGGAAGGCUGUGUGUGUCCCUCCCAUGUGGCAGAACUGCUCCUCCUUACCAAGGAAGUCAAAGUGAAGGAAAUAGGUCAAGGGCAGCUUUUACAUUCCACCCAAAAGGCACCACAGUUUGAGAUGAGGAAUUCAGAAGAGCAAGCAGCUACGACAGUUUUACAACGCCUGCUGCAGGAGCAGCUCAGAUACGGAAACCCAAAUGACAACCGUAACCUUCUUGCCUUGCACCAGCAAGCCACAGGAAAUGCCCCCCCUUUCAACAGCACUGGGAGUCCAGCAUCUCAGAACGAAGGGCUGAGCUCCCAGGACCACCAGCUUGUGACUCAUGCUGCCCGUCAGGAGCCCCAGGGCCAGGAGAUACAGGUGGACAACAGCAUCAUGGAGAAGCAGCUCUCCCCGCGGCUUCAGAACAGCGAGGAUCUCCCAACCUAUGAGGAAGCCAAAGUCCAGUCGCAAUAUUUCAGGGGCCAGCCGCAUGCUAGUGUCGGGGCAGCGUUUUAUGUAACAGGGGUCACCAACCAAAAGAUGAGGACUGAAGGGCGGCCCACGGUUCAGCGGGUGAGCCCAGGGAAGGUCCACCAGGAUGAAGGACUUAAGGACCUCAAGCAAGGGCACGUCCGCUCCUUGAGUGAGAGGCUGAUGCAGCUGUCCUUGGCCACCAGUGGUGUCAAGGCCCAUGCGCCUGUCACAAGUGCACCGCUCUCCCCCCUCUCUCCGCUCUCUCCUCAGCAGUCCAGCGACCCUUAUAAAAAUUCUGGCUCCAAUGAGUUCUACAAGAACUCAGUGCAGCCCCCUUCCCAGCCCAACAUGAAAGGAAUGGAGCAGCGGGGUCCUCCUCCAGAGUAUCCUUACAAAAAUGUGUCCACCCCUUCCAUGAACUGCAAACCUCAGGAGUCGGGACAUUUCUAUAGUGAUCAUCGCAUGAGCCAGCAGGGAAGAUCUGAUGGGCCUAUGAUGAGGUAUCAACAUCCCCCUGAGUAUGGGUCAGUCAGGCAGAACCCCGAUGUGCAGCUGCAGUUACAACAGAGACCACCUCACCACCACAGCCCAACUUCUUCCUUGACAUCCCUGGGAUCUUUGACUUUGCUUCAGUCUCCACCACCAUCCAGACUGUCCCCUUCCCAGCAUCAGCAACCUCUGACUCCAAGCCAGGGAGAUCCUGGCAUUCUGCCACGGACCCAGCAGCCAUUCCUGUCAAACCAAGUCCAUCAGGGAGAUUUGUACCGACUAUGCCAGCCCUUCCUAGGCCCGCAGCAGCAGCAAGGCGAUUCCUAUUCAGUAAUGUCCCGGGCUCAGCAGAUACCUUCCCCGUAUCAGCAGAUGCAAGUAGAUCCUUUUGCCAUAGUUUCCAGGGCUCAGCAGAUGGUGGAAAUCCUGUCAGAAGAGAACCGGUCUCUACGACAGGAGCUGGAUGGGUGUUACGAGAAAGUAGCCCGGCUGCAGAAGCUGGAAACAGAAAUUCAGCAAGUUUCAGAGGCGUACAAAAACCUGGAGAAAUCAUCCUCUAAGCGGGAUGCCCUGGAAAAGGCCAUGAGAAACAAACUGGAAGGAGAAAUUCGUAGGCUUCAUGAUUUCAACAGGGAUCUAAGAGAACGUAUGGAGACAGCCAACAAGCAGCUUGCGGAGAAGGAAUUUGAGGGGUCUGAAGACAAUCGGAAAACCAUCUCUCAACUCUUUGCACAAAACAAGGAAACACAGCGGGAAAAAGAGAAACUGGAAAUAGAACUGGCUGCUGCACGCUCCACCAAUGAGGACCAACGAAGACACAUCGAGAUCCGAGACCAGGCCUUGAACAAUGCUCAGGCCAAGGUGGUGAAACUGGAGGAGGAGCUCAAAAAGAAGCAGGUCUAUGUUGAGAAGGUGGAGAAGAUGCAGCAGGCCUUGGUUCAGCUGCAGGCAGCGUGUGAGAAACGGGAACAGCUGGAACAUAGGCUGCGGACCCGGCUGGAGAGAGAGCUGGAAUCUCUCCGGAUGCAGCAGCGUCAGGGUACAUCUCAGACUGCCAAUGUCUCAGAGUACAACGCCACGGCACUUAUGGAACUCCUGCGCGAGAAGGAAGAAAGGAUUCUUGCUCUGGAAGCUGAUAUGACCAAGUGGGAACAGAAAUACCUGGAGGAGAGUGUGAUGAGACAGUUUGCUUUGGAUGCAGCUGCAACUGUGGCUGCUCAGAGGGACACGACAGUGAUCAGCCACUCGCCUAACCCUAGCUAUGAUACCUCGCUGGAAGCUCGCAUUCAGAAGGAGGAGGAGGAGAUCCUGCUUGCCAACAGGAGGUGUCUCGACAUGGAGGGAAGGAUUAAGACUCUGCACGCUCAGAUCAUUGAGAAGGAUGCCAUGAUCAAAGUCCUGCAGCAGCGCUCCCGGAAGGAGCCUGGUAAGACAGACCAGCUCUCCUCAAUGAGACCUGCCAAGUCACUGAUGUCCAUUUCAAAUGCUGGCUCGGGCUUGCUGUCCCACUCGUCAACACUGAGCAGCACUCCCAUUCUGGAAGAGAAGAGGGAGGACAAGAGCUGGAAAGGCAGCCUAGGUGUUCUGCUGGGAACAGAAUAUCGCUCCGAAUCCAUUCCCUCCACCCCCUCUCCUGUCCUUCCUUCCACACCGUUGCUGUCAGCCCACUCAAAAACAGGCAGCAGAGACUGCAGCACCCAGACUGACCGGGGGAAUGAACAAAGCAAAGCUGCACCUUCCACUGCAGCUCCCACACCAGGACGACUCCCCAGUACCAACCUGGCCUACAGCGCAGACAAAACAGAUGGGCCACUUUUCCACUCCAGCACUCUUGAAAGAAAAGCCCCUGUUCAGACCAUGGGGCAGGACCUCCCAGAUGGAGAGAUGGUAGAAUACCUCAUCUGAAAGGCUGUACCAGGAUCUGAGCUGGGAUACAAUAGCAAGAAAUUUUUAAAAGACAUUUUUGUUGGGAAAAAAUUGUCAUACCUGAGUAAUAAAAGAACACUCAGCUGUUUGCUCUUGUAUAUUAUGUCUCAAAAGUAUGGACAGGUUAAUUUAUAAUUUGCUCUAAAUUAUAAAAAACCCGUAACACUUGUUCUUUGAAAGUUUCCCCCUUUAUUUUUUAAAUAAUGGAUCUGGUAACAUCUGGAGAAAAAACAAGAACUUAGGUGCACUACAUCUGAUACUUCAUUUCAGUAUUUUUAAAGUCUCUUAAACAGAAGUACCUGCUCUCACAGCUGUUGGUUAAAUGUCUAGCUUGAACACAGUAAGGUGAGCAUAAUGGCCUUAUAACGAUCAGAACCAAGGACUUAGUUGUGACCAUCACUUAAUGGUUUUAGAAUACAGGUGUUCUGAGAAACUUUUGUAAAUUUGAGCUGUGAUCAAGGGAGAUUUCUCUUUACACUCAGUGUAAGAACUCAGAAUAGGUAUUUCACAUUCAUAGGCUGGAAAGAUUUUCAUUUUCAGUGUGGUAACAUUUUUUUUUUUUUUUAACUUCCCAAA